AUGCUGGUGGAUCAUGCGAGCCAAGUCCUGGGGAGAGCGGACGCUGGGAAGCGGACAUCGGCUGGGCGGGAGCCGACUGCGGCAAAACCAGAGGCGGGAAAGAUGCCGGGGGACACCGGAAUGGUUGGUGGGCGGUCCAAAGUUCAGAACAACAGGCCGUGUGGAAAGUCGUCCAAGGUCUCCUCGUUUCGGAAAGGCGAGAAUGUGUACAACUUUGCUGCCGAGCUGGAGCCUGUGAAGCCGUGCGGGGUGCCCAAGAAGUUUCAGUCGAACCUCUUCGACCUCCUCUCCUUCAAGGAGGCGAAAUCUGAGCCAAAGAAGACGGAAACGGACCCCAACCGCCUGCUGGCGAACGACAGCUUCCAAGCACACAACAUCUUGACAAACACGCUCCUGCCGGGACGGGACAACGAGAAUAAGCCAGCCAAGAAGCCUCCAGCGCCCAAAGUUCCCCCCGCGGAAUACCCGUCUCUGCUGUACGAUCCGAUCGUGGGCGAAUACAAGUCAGACAAGGGCAGGGAGCUCGAGAAGAAGAAAGGACCAAAGGUUGAGAAGUUCCAAAAGAGACUCGUGCACACGGAAAGUCCCCGGGACUACGACGUAGUAAAGGGCGUGUGGUCGGACCGCUUCGCCGAGAAGCCUGAAGGGCUGCGCAAGAACAGCGCCGAGGCAAACGCGAAUGUCCAGGCCGAGCGCAUGCGCACCCAGUCCCGCGACGCCCAGAAGAUCGCGCAGCAGGCGGCCACGCGGCAAACCAAGCAGCUCGCGCACAGGCAGGCGCAGCAGCCGCGCGCGAUCGGCGGCGCGCACCCGCGCGAAGUCACGGACGCGCCCCACGGGUUUAACAUCAUCAACGGCGUGCCGCUGAGGCCAUCAGGGGUUACGGACUUCGUCCCAUUCCCCGCGCGCGAGAACAUAAACCCCGACAGCAGUCACAGGAGGUCAAAGCCAAAUAUAAGCGGGCCCGCUUAUGAGGAGUUUAGCUCCUCCCGGAAGGAGGUUCUUACGAGCGCCGUCACCAACCGUUUGUUUCCUCUGAUGGUUGCUGUCACGCUGGACGGCAGCACUACGGCAGAGUUCACUGCAGCCUGCCAGCGGAUCCGAAACGUGAGAGAUCUUAUCAUUAUGAAGCUUGGUGCACUUGGCUGCCAGCGGUACCACUCAACGGGGAAAGAAGCCGCGGCCCUUGAGGAAGUCUACGACCAGCACGUGGCCCUCCUAGAGGCGAUCAUGGAGCACAGUUCGGCGCUGACACUUGCGUUCAAAAGUAGGAUCAAGAUAUCCGUCUAUUUCUUUGUGAUCCAAGAGGCCUGUACAACAACGAGGGGACCACUCAGCUUCCGUCAAUAG